AUGGCAUGUUGCCAUCGUGUCCACUAUCACUUGAUAUGUUUUCCACGGCCAAUUAGUCGGCACUCAUGCAUGAAUAGCCACAUUUUGCAGAGAGAUGUUCAUUCCUUCGUGGACACACAACAAUACACAACUGCAGCAUUUACAGCCACUCCAGCUCCAGCCACGGAGUCUCAGCGUCUUCUCCGGCGGAUGGUGACUUUUGUGUUGAAGUGCAGGUCAACAAUCAGUCUCACUCCUUGCUCUUCCCUCAACACCGUGAUGGCACAGUGCCGAUGCUAUAUAAUUAUGGCGAUCACUGGCGGAUGGUUACCUGGAUGCUAUCACAAUGGGACGAGGUAUGGAGAAGGAUCUAUGGUACCCACACUUGAGCCCUGUCUUAGCUGUAAGUGUUCCAAUCGUAUCCUCACCUGCGCCCUCAAAGUCUGCCCAGAACAACCCAUUCCACCACCAAGAGGAUGCAUUCUGGUUCAACACAAAACCAGCUGCUGCCCACACAUGACCUGCAGAAAGUUCAAUAGUAAACCCUUGACCGAGACCGACAGGAGAGUGGUUAAUUUUCUCAAUGACUUUGAGAGUGAACAGAAGAUUAUCCAGCAAAAAUAUGGAGAUCUCUCAGAUGGAAACUCAAACUUUUUGAGACGAUCAGAGAGCACAGAAGAUGAGAAUGAUAACAUAUGCAUCCAGAAUGGCACAAUUUAUAUGCCAGGCUCUGCCAUGACAUCCUCCAGUCUUUGUUCCUACUGCUACUGCAUUGGUGGAAAGCAGAAGUGCGUGAAGCCCAAAUGCCUCCUUCCAGCCCUUGCAGAUUGCACUCCAGUUUUCAUUGAGUCCAAUUGUUGUCCAGUUCGAUACGACUGUUCAGAAAGAAAAUCCAUUAAGAAUAACUUACCGCCCAGGAAGAAGAUCACCAACAAACACUACAUGCGUAAUGUGACAAUGAUGGCAAGAGGAAGUGGAUGCUUUGUCAAUGGUAUCCUUCACACUGAAGGUCAUCGACUACCUAAGGAUCCAGAGAAUCCCUGUGAGAUAUGCUACUGCAUUCGUGGAAAGCGGAAAUGCACACCACAAAAGUGCUCGCCAGAGAUAAAAAAUUGCAUCCCGAUGAUACCACCUGGCCAGUGUUGCCCAUCGAGCUACAAUUGCGACAAUCAGGAAGAAAAGGGCAGACAGUUUGACUUAUUUUCCAUUCUCUUUGGAGAUGAUGAUGUGAAUGCAACAGAAGUGGCUGGAGAAGAAAUUCUGAGUACAACUGAAGUGCCAGGAAAUGCAGAGUCUACCAGUGAAAAGAGUUUCUUCGAUGUCCUGAGAGAAGGAUUGGAUUUUGUAGAUGCUCAUGAGCACAAAGUCAAUGCUUUGCUCAGUAAGAAUGAAACGAAAGAUAAGAUCAAUAGCACUAAUUCCGUGUUUGAAAUUCUCGAUAUUCAUCCAGAAUCUGACACGUAUUAUGACUAUGAAGAUGAUGAGGAGACGAGUGGAAAGAACAGCACCUCUCACAAUACAACACGACAUAGUGAAACCACAACAGUUGCAGCGACGACAGUUGAUGAUAAAAGUGAGAUUAGCAGAGUGGCAUCGACAACUAUUGGAGAUGAGAAUAUCGAAACAUCGACGAUUAGCGAGGAAUUCAGCACAAUUGGAGAUAUUGAAUCUCCCGCAAGUACAAUUGCAUCUGAUACCACGGAGAUUGAGGUGCAAACCACAGAACUUGAUCAAAUCAUCACAACCAUUAGCACGGAUGAAACUCAAGUGCCUAUCAAUUCAACCACUAAUGGACCUCCACAGGUCACCGAGGUCACUCAAAGAGACGAUGCAAUUACAGAAAUAUUCACGAUGGUCACGGAAUUGAGCACAGAGACUGCGGACAUUGAAAUAACGACGGAUUCUGAGAGUACUACUGAAACGACUGAAACUGUUGAGAAGACAACAGAGAUUGAUAAGCCAGAUACUAAAAAUGAUGAAGAAUCUCUGCUGCCAGAAACAUCAUCCCCAACACUCUCUUCCACAACAGAAAAUAUACUAUCAGCUUUGUUCAAUGGAUUGGCCAGUAUACUUGACAAAGACACCAAUAAGACAAAGAUUAAUAGGAAUUCUACAACAGAAGCAACAACUCAACAAAAGAAUCUUACCACAAUUUCUUCAAUAGAUAGGAUCGAUGAUGAAUCUUUUACAGUACCUCCAACCCCUUCUUUGACUCCCAAGCCAGAAACUCAACCUGUGGUUAUUGAUUCGAACCCUUCAAUUCUUGAAACCGACUACCAUUACGACUACAGUGAACCAACCCUUCCGCCUAGUCUUCCCAAUUUAAAGAUCAUCCCCUUCCUCCCUGCGGAUGCGGUCAAGAACAACCGAAAAAAGGUAGUCCCGGCUUACGAGUACUACUCCAAACACGAUCCUACCCUCUAUCCACCAGUUGCCGUCGGAGAGAAGAGGAUCGACUACGCACCCUCCUACACUCAAGAAAACUUCAACUUUGACCCUACAGCUUAUCCCUCCAUUACUGAAUCCUUUGACAAUCUCAAUUACGAUUAUGUGGCUGAAGGGGAAAAGCAUCCAAUUGUGGGUUAUGGAAACUACGCAGGAGUUGUUCCGGUGUACAAGAAUUCACCUUCCGGUGAAUUUGAAGGGGAGGCUCCGAUCUUCAACUUCGAACAGAUGAAAGGAUUCUCCCCACCGAAGGAGACUGAAGGAGGUUUUGUACCAAAGGAACCCCACAAAGACAACUUCUAUUACGAUGCAUUCAGGACGACAAAUUUCGUUGUAGAUCUCACCACUGAGAUCCCCCCACCGAAACCCAACAAUCUUCUUCCGCCAGAUCCAUUUAAGAAUGUUAUUCGAACAGAACCACCACCUGAUUUGCAUUCCCUGAUUGAGGACAAAGAGAAAUUGCUGCUGAAUCGAGUUAUUAUCAACGGAACACUGCAGAAUGACUUUGACCGGGAAAUUAUCUCAAUUACCACCGAUGGUACCGUAACAGAUGAUGAUGCAAGUACGGAUAGCAAAAAUAAUGUCACAGAAGAUAGUAUUCGGGAAAAUAUGGAGGAAAUUGUCACAGAAGUUGUGGGUGUCUCAAAAUCUACCACUGAGUCUCCAGGAGGAUUUUUCGAUGGAAUCUUUGGGUUUCUAUUCAAAGAUGACCCACCUGAAGAGGAAGAAAUAACAACACCAAAUCCCAUGACUCACUUUAAGUUGCCAGAGAUUGACUAUGAGUCAAUGAAGGUGCCAGAAUUUAAGAAUCUCUCCAAAGAGGUAGAAAUCCCAGCAAUUCUCCUUAACAAUGCUACUGUGGACCAUAAAGAAAACCCUAAUGAGAAUGUCACGGUUAUUCGCGAUAUUCUUAUUGACCUUCUGGAUAAUGGUGCAGAGGAGAAAGAAACUGAGAAAAUUCCAACGACGUCUGAGGCAUCAAUGAAGCCUCACAAUCGUCUCAGUGUUCCACACUUAACACCCAGUCUCCAGCUCAAUCCCAUUCGAUCGAGUUUAGAUCUGGUGAUCCCACACAGAAAUGACGAUGACAACUACAAUCCAGACAGUUACCAAAUCCUCCCUGAGGAUUCCAGUAUCUCCAAUACGGAAUCCUUUGUUGUGAAUCCCGUGGAUGUGAGUCAAUUGAAGCAGCAUCAGUCAGAAGGGGAGACGCAAAUCUUCACGAAACCCAUCAUUAGUAGUGCCCAGGAUCCCGUAGGACUUCUCAAGCUGGCCGGCUGCAAUAUCUACGGGAGGAUGUAUCGUGUGGGGAGAAUCAUAUCGGAACUGUCGGGACCAUGUUUAGAAUGUAAAUGCACAGAAGUUGGGGUUCACUGCACCCCUCUUGAUUGCUAAGUGUACUCCUUAAAACUUUUUCUUCAACUAACACCAUGGUUUCUAGGAAAUUUGAUCUAAAUUCCACGAGGCAUCUCAAGGUGACGCCACUAAGUCCCCAAGUGAAAAGAUUACUUACUCCAUUGACCCCUUCUCUUAUCGCUUUAUCACAAGAGACCGGCCCACUUUUUAGCGGUCAAAAUAGUAGCGAUAAUUUGGGUGAUUUCAAACUUGCACAGAUUGCAGAAGUAUUUUUUUUACAUUCCUUAAUAUUUACUCAAUCAGUAUCUUUUGCGAGCAAGGUUUUCCUAAAUCAGUACCUAUUAAAUAGGUUUUGAGAAUUCCAAUGGCUAAAUAUGUUGAAAGUGGUUCAAUACAUCAAAUCAAUCGGUACAAAGAAUUUUAUUACUUGAUCUUUUAAUUGUGGCAAAGUAUUAUUUGCUCGAUAAAUACCAAUAUUUCGGUUAAGUGAUUCAUUUUCGGUUUUUAAUUUGCAGUGAAUUGUUCUGGAUUCUAAAUCUUAUCGAAGCACUGAAAGUUUAAAACUCUUCCAACCUAACUGAUAAGGAAAUGCGCUCAGCAAAACUUUUUUAACUUUUAACCUGAAGAAACUGUUAUUAGGAAUAUUUCUAGUGAAUUAUCGGGCGUAGCUGAAGUAUCCAUUUGGAAAAUUAAAGACAUAUUCGAAAAUGAAGAAAAGAAAAAAAUCAUUGUAGUCAUUUUUGCGCAACAUGACAAAAAAUGACACUUAAUACCCAAUUCUAAAGAAGUUGUAUAAAGCACGAGAAGCUUAUACAGGCUUCAGACCUAAGGCUUAACCACAUGGCUUAAUCCGUCUAAACCCUUAUCAGACAAAAUUUUUUAGGAAAUUGAUGUUUAGGUUUGGAUAUUGAGGGCAAAUUAUCCAAUAGAUUUUAAAAAUCAGGAAAAUUGUUUCUUAUUUACAUUUUUGAGACCUUCGAAAACUCGCUAAACCUCUAGUCUGAGCCCGGCAUUAUGGUACUUGAGAUUCUGGUAAAUUUCGAUAUUGUAUGAGUUCGAGUACAGUGAGAGAAAGGCGGCCUAUCGUUGAAAAGUCUUUAUCUAUAUACUACAUUCUAAAAUUCCAUCAAAAUCGGUUUAUAAUGGUACCAAAAUGAUACAAAUACGGUUUUUAAACUCAAGAUUUAACCCAAUUUUCAUUGGUCUCGAAAUACCAUAACAACCAAUUAUAUAGGUUUUUCAAAAUGUAUUGAAUCAUAGAAGUUGUUCAGUAGAAAAAGGGUCUAUCGUGUCUCUUGUCUUUCCCUUCAAAACAGUCCUUUUUUCUGAGCACCUCAGUCGUCCUUAAUAUCUAAUCCUAUGUUCAGCUUCAAUUAAUUUAAAUAAUACGCCCAUAUUACCUGAUAUCAGCAUUUACCUUUUGCUUUUGCUGCGAUAUCCAAAAAUAAAAACAUUUCCAAAAUUUUCAUAUUCAUGUACCAUGUAGAUCCGACUUUAUCCACUUUUAAAUCCUCAGACACUGAUGAGACUUAGUGCAAAAAUUUCAUCACUCAUUACAAUCACUAUAACAAUGUCUGCAAGAUUAAUCGUGGGAAAAUGUCUGGUCUGUUGGUUUAAUUUGGUUUAGAAAGAAAAAGUUAAUCCAGUAGCUAGAGAGACUUUCGACAUAACCGAUAAGAGAAUUCCAAAAAGAACGCUAUAAUUCAACAUGAAGAUAAUGUUCGAUGUCUUAACAGUGACGCUUAUAAACAUUUCCAUGCCAUUUCAUACCUUGUUUGGAAAUUUAUGAUCAAAUUUUUUGAUGAACCAUUCCAUCUGAUGGGGAUAAUCUCUAACUCUCUUAAAAUGAAUAAAAGAAGGAGAAGCAACAAAAAUGUGGUAUUGGAACUAUAACCUAUUUCUAACAGUAAAUUUUAUUGUAUAAGAUUUUUCAGAAUGAUUCCCUAAAAAUAAACUUAAGAAAUAAAUCUGCUCAUGGCAGUUAAAAUAA